AAUGGUUAAUUGGACUCAAAGAUUUGUUACAGGAUUGAUUGGAGGUCCCAUUGUUUUGUACACAAUCUAAAAUUAGUUAGCACUUUGUGUCCUAAUUAAUGGUAUACAUAUAAUAUAAUAUUUCUAGUGGUACUCUAUUUGUUACAUGCAGAAUUUUAAAAAUUGAUUUCCAAUGUGCUUAAACAUAAUUGCAGUGAUUCAGAUCGUUGGUAUGUAGAAACCAUGGCAUCCUCUUGGGUAUUUAUAAUAUUUAAGUAUCAAUAGUUCAUUCGAAUUCCUACUCAUUAUUUUAUUACUAUAUCUAUAAUGCAGAGCAAUCCUUUAAGUGUUCAUUUACAUAUGGUCAUAUCCAUUUUCUUCUUACUUCUAGUUAGAUUAAUGAAUUAUCUAAAAAUUAGCGAUUUCUUAAAAUAAAAUGAGAAGUAAUCACUAUCUCACUAUUUAUAUUUUUAGAACUAUCUCAGAUAAGUUUCCUAGUCAUAUGGUUGAAAAGAAAAUUUAAAUGUUAACAUUCUUCCAAAUGUCUGCUGAUAUAGUAUGUAAUUGCUAUUGCUCAUAUCAUUAGAAUUCAUGUUAUUUGUCUAUCCUCUCAAUUUUGUUUUGAUAGUUUUUCAAUUUAAAUAAGCUUAAGCCUUGAAUCUGAUUUGGUUGAUAUCUGCUUGGUAAACUGAUAAUGGUGCUUUGUUCAUGGGUUCCAUGUUUGGUAAAACAUUAUUUUGUCCAAAAAUCUCACCAAAUAAAACAUGGGAGGGAGUCAGUGGAGGUAUAUUCUUAAGUGUCUUCUCCUCACUCAUACUCUCCCAAACAAAUUUCUUAUCUUUUAUCACUUUGGGCAAUCUCCAUACAAAGCAUUUCCUAUUAAUUUCCUUGAUUGUUUCUAUAGCAUCUAUUUUUGGAGAUUUGAUUGAAUCCUUCAUCAAAAGAGUUGCUGAUGUCAAGGAUUCUGGCUCACUCUUUCCUGGUCAUGGAGGUAUUCUUGAUAGAGUACUUUCAUUUGUUAUAUUUUUAGCUUGAUUCCCUAUGUUUUAGUGCACCUUUUGUUUACCUAUAUAUACAAAUGUUUAUGCAUGAUGUUUUAGAAGAGGUGUGA